AUGUGGAGACCAGCAGCUACGUCACCCUCAAAGCGCCCGGGGUGUCGUUCGAUGUAAAACUUUUUCAAGGCUGUCAUUCAACGAUACAACUCCUACAGGACGCUGGUCUUUGUCUCCAUGGUAACCAGCCGGACGCCCUGCCUGUCGCCGUGAGGGGGCGGAACCAGCGUCUCUCAGCCAGAACCCGUGGAGGAUGCCGUUUCAAGAUGGAGUCUACUACCCCUACCGCAGCGAGACCCAGGGGACCCACUCCUCAGCGGGGAUCCCCUCCCUCCUGAACUCCCCACUCAGCGCCGCACCUGCAGGGAUGACGCCGUCCAGCGGCACCUCCACCUUCGCCCCCUUCAGGUUCCGCCCCCGCAGGGGCAGCGUGGACUGGCGCCGCAUCAACGCCGUGGACGUGGACCUGGUGGUGAGCCAGCUGGACGUGGACGCCCUGCAGGAGCACAUCGGUGCCGUGACCUUCUGCAGCCUGGACGGCGAGCGGUGCCAGCGGUGCCAGAGCCCCGUGGACCCGGCGCUGAUCAAGCUCCUGCAGCUGGCCCAGCUGACGGUGGAGUGGCUCCUGCACUGCCAGGAGUUCCUGAGCCUGAACCUGCGGGCGGCGGAGGAGCGGCUGGUGGCGGCCGGCGGCYAGCGCGAGCAGCUGCUGGCUCGCCUCGGGAAGCAGGAGGAGAAGGCGAAGGCGCUGACGGUGGAGCUGAAGCAGCGCAAGAAGAUUAUUUGCACCCAGCAGUCCCUGCUCGCGCCACGGAUCAUCAGCAGCCACAAGUGUCUGCACUGCGAUAAAUCCUUCCUGAAUUCCACCUUCCUUCAGAACCACACGCAGCGUCGGCAUCCCGAGGAGUAUCAGCUCCAACUGCAGUCCGACGGUGAGAAGAAAUCUCAGAUCGAAAGCCUCAAACAGGAGAUCAGCAGCCUGAAGGAGCAAAUAGUUCAGCAUGAGCAGGCUCUGCAAACCAAAAUAGCCGAGGAAAAGGAACAGCAGAACAUGCACAAGGAGCUGCAGAGAGAGCUGGAGCGCUUCAAGGCAGAGGAGAUGGCUCGCAUGGACAGGAAGAUCGAGGACAGCAGGGACGGGAUGCGCCGCGAGAUGGAGUUCCUCUACAACCGGAACAUCCAGGCUCUGAGCGAAGCAAGUCAAUCGUCCAAAAAAGAGAAAGCCGUCAGUCCUGUGAGCUUACAGCCAGAGAGGGACGUGGACGUGUACAGAGAGAUGCAGCUCCAAGCCAUCCAAAAGCUUGAACAACAGAUGAAGAAGCAGGAUAGAAAAUGGGAAUCCAGACUGCAAGAAAUCAAAGGUCAUCAUGAGUCUGAAAAGAAUCAGCUGCUGACCGAGCUGAGCCGGAUGCAGUUGUCCGUGUCGGAGCACCAGCAGCAGAGCCAGCAGCUGCAGCAGGAGAUGAGCCGGAAGCUGCAGGAGAUGAGCAGGAAGCUGCAGGAGAAGGAGCAAACUAUCAAGGCUCAGAGGGAGCAGAUAAGAUCAUUUUCCAAAACUCCACCCAGCAAAGUGGAGAAAACACCAGUUGUUGUCAACACACCGGUUCCAGAACCAAAACAUAAGAAAGUUGGACUCGAGGAGUCGGUCUCUGCUCUUAAACUGGAUCCGAUUCAGGAGUUGUCAGAAGAGGAGAAAGACUCCAGCAGCAUCUCUGAGAAACGGCCGGUGGUGAAGAAGCAGAGGACCCCCAGCAGCAUUCUGAAGAUGAACCCCAACAUGAAGAAGGAGAUGAGACCGGAGAUUGAACUCUCUGUUAUCAAGAAACUAGAGAGUCUGGGUGUCCGGAGUGAUCAAAGUCGUCUAAAAAACAAGGAGCUCAUAUCUCUCCUGGCCAAGCUGAACUCGAAGCGUGAAGCUGCAGCGAGAGCUUUGCCUGACUUCUGGCGCUGUCGGGAGGAGCAGACGGGCCUCGUGGAUCAGAAACUGGAAGCUCAGAGGAGAGGGAACCAAGCUGCUCCGGAUUCCCAGAGCAGAACCAAGCAGCUGGUUCAAGUGAUGCAGAGCCGCAAGCGGUCCAGCAGCCUGCCCUCCAGAGCCAGCCAGGUGACGGCUAACAUCAAACAGCCCAAGACCCCACAGCCGGCUCCAAGAACCAGAACCGUUCAACCCAAGACAUCUACACCCAACAGCAGGACCACUGGGAGGAUCAUCACCAGCAGAACCCCUCCAUUUAGUUCAGAUGAAGAAGAGGAGGAGGAGGAGGAG